AUGCGUUCGACCGUUAAUGUGCCACGCCCUGGGGCAAAUCCUGCCCCUCGAACUACGGCUACCACAGCCCCUCCAAUCGCUCCACGUAGUGGCACGCGGCCACUAACCCCGUCAUCCUCGCUGUCUGCGGAGCAGCAUCGCCUCCGAUGCCCGCUAUGUCGUCGCCCACACCGCUUGCAACAUUGCGGCAUAUUUAAAGGUAUGCCACCAGUCCAACGACAGCAAAUCGCCCAGGCACAUGGCCACUGCCUGAAUUGUCUGGCGCACACCCAUGCAACAACCGCAUGUGAGUCAAGGGGCCAUUGUCAGAUGUACGGUGAGCAACAUCACACACUCCUUCACCACACCGCGAGGCGCGACAGUGGUCGACUAACUGAAUCUCACCGCCGCGGCGUAAUCAGGCGACUCCCCAGACACGCAUCAGCACGACCUCGCCGAUUGGCCCCCCCUCCGGAGCCGCGUUCCUGGCGCCCACGCAACGAAGCAAUUACGCGCCGUAGCCAGCUUCGGCCACCACCCCGCCGUGCCACUGGGCUGAGCAGCGUCGUAUACACGCUGCAACAACUUCAGCGUCUGCUAGGCUAA